AAAAUGAAAAAUGCCUCCAGAAACACACGUGAUGAAAUAAGUGUGAUCAGUCGACCUCUAGUUGAAUAGUCAAAAAAUUAACAUAGAUUUUCAAUCUAUAAGAAUUAAAAAAAUGGAAAGCGCAUUGCCGAUAUACACAUAAUCCAAAAAUGUGUGAUGGGUCGUUUUCUAGUUGAAUAAUCGAAAAAUUCACAAAAUGACAAUAAAUAAGAUUCAAAAUGACGAAAAAUAACCAUAAGAGAAUGAAAAGCUAAUUGCCAAUAUAUGCGUCAUAUACAAACAAAGGUGUCGAUUACACGAUAACAAAACAAUAAAAUAAUAAAUAAUAAAAAGAUGAUUAUGAAAAUUAUUAGAAGAAAUAAAAAAAAAGAGAAAUGACGAAAAUAUGUGUCCACUUGAAAAUGAAAGAAAAAGGAUAAAAGACAAGAAUUUUAUGCAAAAUAUGUGGCCUCUUCAAGCAAUGGCCCUAUAGUUCAUGAAAAUUACAAUAAAAUGUUUCACGUUUGCAAGUUUGGUCACUUGAAAUGUUUUUUUUUUAAAAAUACUGGGUUAGAGUUAGUAUUGAUGUAGGAGAUGGUUUGUGUAAAUCUAGAGAGAGUUGUAGAGAGAAACUUAGAAAGAGCCAUGUUUAGUGAAUAAAGAAUUAAAGUUAAAAUGCUUGGAGGCUUAACAAUCCCUGUAUAAGACAGGUUUUUUGCUAUGAGUUUAGACCAUGGGGUACUGUUGCCUGCAAAGACAAAGGUUUUUUGCUAUGAGUUUAGACCAUGGGGUACUGUUGCCUGCAAUUUUUUCAUAAUAAGCAUUUUCUGUUGUAACUUGUGAUUAUUCACAUCAGACAUCUUUUAGUUUUGAUCAUAAAUUUUUUUCCUAAUAAACAAUGCUCAUGGCGAUUUGGUAAGAAAAUUAAGUAAAAUGUAGUUGGAGUUUGAUAAACAUUUAUUUAUGGGUAGUGACAACAUGUGAUAUUUUUUGUAUUAAAGUUACAAUGAUCAGAGUAUAUGACAAUAUGAAAAUGUUCACAUUAACUAGGCCAAAACUGUGAACAAAAAUCAUAAACUUUUUUCUUGAUAUGACUUGAAUCGGACUAUCAGCCGCUACGACUGGUAAUCGGGGGUCUCGCCACGGUGUAUGGGCUCAAUGUUAUUUGGGUUCGGGUUCUGGGCCUGGUCUGUAACCGUUUCCUUUGCCAGAUUGGAUUAGAUUUAGACCCACAUGGAGAAGUACUAUAAAUACUUCUCAUACUCCUCUGUAAUCUGUAAUCUCAUUGAUAUAGUGAAACUGGCUCUCUCUCGCCCGUGGAUGUAGCUAACACACAUCGUGUUAGUGAACCACGUAAAUCGUGUGUCGUGUUUUUCUAUUCUCGCUUUCGUAUUCUUGCUUUGUCGAUUCCUGCGAUUUCCCGAUCCGUAGCAGCGCGUUUAUAACAAGUGGUAUCAGAGCCGCGGCUGGAAAUCAGGUUAGGGUUUUCGAUUCAGAAGAAUGACGUCGGUGAACAUAAAGAUCGAAAAGUUCACGGGGAAGAACAGCUUCGCUAUAUGGCAGAUCAAGAUGCAGGCUUUAUUAAAACAGCAAGGGCUGUGGGGGCCGCUGUCUGCGAAACAGAAGAAGGCAGCGGUCGAUGACGAUGAGUGGAAUACCCUGGAGGAGAAGGCCCACUCGACCAUCAUGCUAUCGUUGUCUGAUGACGUCAUCAUUGAAGUCGCUGCUGAGAAGACUGCCGCGGGCUUGUGGUUAAAGUUGGAGAGUCUGUAUAUGACGAAGUCCUUAACCAACAACCUGCAUCUCAAGCAACGGUUGUUCAGCUUGAGGAUGCAAGAAGGUACGCCUUUGAGGGAACAUCUCGAACAGCUUAACUAUAUUUUGCUGGAUCUGCGUAAUAUAGAUGUUCAAGUUGAUGACGAGGAUGCUGCCCUAAUCCUGCUGGUUUCUUUGCCGAGUUCAUAUGAGAAUUUCGUUGAUUCUUUUAUUGCUGGUAAAGAAAGCGUGUCGUUGGAGGAUGUCAGGUCUGCUCUUCAUACGAGAGAGAUAAGACAUAAGGCGUUAGGAUCUGGUACAGGUGGUGAGGCAUCGGGUUUGGCUGUUACAGGUGGAAAGGAAAAGAAGAAAUCUGGUAAAGGGAAUUCGAACAAGAAUUCCAAGGGUCCCGGUCCACAGCCAGGUGAUGCUUGUCACAACUGUAAGGAAGUGGGGAAUUGGAAGUACAACUGUCCCAAGAGAAGAGGGCAACAGAAGAAACAAGGUUCGGUUACCGUGGCAGAAGUGGACAACAUUUCUGAAGACGAUCUCGCCUUGGCUGUAGAUGAGAAGGCACAUCGUGGGGAUGUGUGGUUUCUGGAUACUGCAGCCUCAUACCAUAUGUCUCCGAACAGGGAUUGUUUCACAACCUACGAGCAGAUAGAUGGUGGUAACGUGGUCAUGGCUAAUGGAGCUGUCUGCAAGGUUGUUGGAAUCGGGUCCAUAAAGGUUCGGACACAUGAUGGUUCGUUCUGUACCGUGAAUGAUGUCAGGCAUGUUCCACGAAUGACAAAGAACCUGAUCUCCUUGAGUCUACUCGACAGCAAGGGUUUCAGUUUCAAAGGAAAAGGUGGAGUUGUGUAUGUCUGCAAAGAUUCAAGGAAGGUGCUGAAGGGCGUGAAGCGUGGGACCUUGUAUGCAUUACAAGAGUCUGUGUUGUCUGGUUCUGCUGCAGUUGCAUCGUCUCAGGUUCAUAAGGAAGAUAUGACUACUCACUGGCACAUGAGACUGGGGCAUAUGAGUGAACGGGGGAUGCAAGUUCUGUCGAAGAGGGAUCUUCUUUGCUGGCACAAGAUGCAGAAUUUGGAAUUCUGCGAGCAUUGCGUGUUUGGGAAGCUACAUCGCAGCUAGUUUCCCAAGAAGGGUAUCCACCGAACGAAGGGGAUACUAGAUUACCUCCGCUCCGACUGUUGGGGUCCUUCACGAGUUGAAUCCAUUGGAGGCAGCAUGUAUUUUCUGUCUAUUAUUGAUGAUUAUUCGAGAUUUACUUGGAUUUUCAUGAUGAAGCAGAAAAGUGAGGCUUUCACGAAGUUCAAGCAGUGGAAGACAUUGGUGGAAAAUCAAACCGGGAAGAAGAUCAAGAAGCUGCGAACGGACAAUGGUCUGGAGUUCUGUAAGUCUUGAGUUCAACGAAUUCUGCAAGGAUGAAGGGAUUGCCCGUCAUCGGACUGUGAGAGAUACACCCUAGCAGAAUGGCGUUGCAGAAAGGAUGAACCAAACAUUGUUGGAGAGAGCACGGUGCAUGCUCUCUAAUGCUGGACUAGAGAGAAGAUUCUGGGCAGAAGCAAUGAACAUGGCGUGCUUCC